GCCAGGUCUUGUGCAGUAUGGGACUCUUAACAAGUCAAUAUUCAUAGAGUGCGCAAAACCAGCCUGGAAGUUCGGCUUUACUUCGCACCAUAAACUUGUCAACGUAAAUUCCACAAACAAAAGCUGGAACCCAACCAUCACCAAAACGGGCUUUCCCUUGACUUCGGCGCUUCCAUUAUGGAGCACCAGUCUUACGGAGAGGUCAAUCAACUGGGUGGGGUGUUCGUUAACGGCCGCCCCCUCCCCAACGCGAUCCGACUGAGGAUCGUGGAGCUGGCCCAGCUGGGGGUGAGGCCGUGCGACAUCAGCCGACAGCUCCGCGUAUCGCACGGGUGUGUCAGUAAGAUCCUGGCCAGGUACAACGAGACCGGCUCCAUCCUGCCCGGCGCCAUUGGAGGCAGCAAACCGAGGGUCACCACGCCCAACGUCGUCAAACAUAUCAAAGUGUACAAGGAGAGAGACCCAGGGAUAUUUGCGUGGGAGAUUCGAGACAAGCUUCUGGCAGACGGCGUGUGUGACAAGUAUAAUGUGCCCUCAGUGAGUUCCAUCAGCCGGAUUCUUAGGAACAAGAUUGGUAACAGUCCAACAGGCUCAAGUCCCAACCCGAACCAGCAAUACGAACAGAAGCCGCUAGCACCGGCAGCAAUGCCUCCCCACGCGGCGCCCAUUUACCCGAAUCAGUUCUACCCGUACUCGUGCCCGGCUCCCGCCAUGCCCAACAUGCCUGGUUCCCACCAACUCUCACAGCAACACUCUAAUAUACAACUGAACCCCAAGGCGCCGCCCCCGGCCAGUUGUGUGUCUCCUUGCAUGAUGCAGAUGAGGGCGUGGCCCUCCUCACAUUCCGUCACGGACAUUCUCGGCUUCCACCGACACGCACAGGCGAUGGGUCAGCCUGGGCCCAUGCCCCCCGACAACCCCAUGGUGAGUCUGUCCCAGAACUACAACAUGGCCAACUAUUACUCCAUGAAACCCACGAUGCCGUCACCCAUGUACUUACAGAGCUGAAACUAGCUGGAACUGAGCAUGAGUUAUUUAAUGUGAGAAGAGAAAUAUCUAAACUCUUGAACAACUGGGAUAUUGUGCAUAGCCAGGGUUAGAGUCCUCGUUUGAUACACCAACUGAAGGUUCACGCAUAGCCACUUACGGCCAAGCUGUUGGCCACCCGGGCCCAGCCCCUGACAUCGCUAGUGACCAAGUCCGGGUGGAGGACAGAUGGAAAACUUGAAUACUAGUGUUUGUAUCGUACUGGUUUAAGAAAAGUAACAUAGUAUCAAAGUAAUAUAAGAAAGGGUAAUAGACAAAAACAAAUGCUGGCAGCAGAGUAUUUAUAAAUGCUUAAAGACGGACAAUUUUCAGGACAAUUUUCACUAUUUUGAAAAUGUCGGAAAAUAUCAGUUAAAGAAAUAAGUAUAACCUUUUCAUAUAUAGGAUUCUCUUUGAUUACUUACUACGUCUGAUUACACCACGUGUGGAUGUCCCACAAUGCAGCUGUUGUGCUUCACAGUUUGUUUCAGAUAUUAUUGGAACAAUCAUCUGUUUAGCACGGAGAUCUCAGUUUGUUCUUCAACAUCCUCGCCAACUUCUUAUCUUGCCAACUCUUUAAUGGUCUCAGAACAUCUUCACAGGGUAUAACAUGAUUUAUUGGACGAUUUUAUUUAAUAUAAAUAUAUACUUCGCUCAUCCUUCGUUAUCAAUUACUACAACACAGAGACUACACGUUGUUCAGAUGCAGUUUUCGAUAUACGACGUUGUCUCGAUAAGACUGGAGAUAUCAUUGUUGAAUUCAGAGUCGAGGCUAGUCGAGUCGUUGUGAAUCGUUUUGUUUUUUGUUCUGUGUUCACCAACUAGUCAACAUACCGGUAUAUGUUUUGUAUUCAACUGCAUGUAUAUGAUGGAAUAAAUUUUGUU